AAAGUUUAAACAGUGGGUAUGGGUCAGCCAUAAACAGGGUCGGGCUGGUGUCGUUAACCCGUGUCCAGCCGCACCUGUACGCUGUAUCUAUGAUUCGGGUCCUCUAAAUUGAAUCAUAUCGGGGGGGUUUUCUAGGGUUUCUGAAAUCUCUUGCUUCAAAAAUGGCUUCUUCAAAUGGCUUCAAGCUUCUCCGAUUGCUCUCUCGUCAGUCUCUCCGUCCCACAUUCCUCCAUGAUUCUUCUCCAAUCUCCACUGGACAACCUUUCCUUGCUUUUCGGAAAUUUUCAACUUCAAUAUUAACUCCAGAAUCAAGUGAAGGAACAUUUCCCUCUGAUUUGUUAUCCAGGGGGCAAGUUUUAACUCCAGAACGUAAGAUAGGACUCUAUCAGGAUUUGGUAAUUCCCGUUACCAAUUUUAAUAAUGAAGAUAAGGGCUAUAUGGUUUUGGCUGGCGAUGUUUUUGAUGUUCCUAUUAGAAAGGAUAUUAUUCACCGGGUUGUAAGAUGGCAGCUUGCAAAACGACAACAGGGAACUCAUUCCACAAAAACCAUCAGUGAGGUCAGUGGGACUGGGAGAAAACCAUGGCCACAGAAGGGCACAGGUCAAGCAAGGCAUGGUUCAAGACGUGGACCUCAGUGGAGACAUGGUGCUACCAUGCAUGGUCCAAAGCCACGAAGUCAUGAGAUUAAGCUAAACAAGAAAGUUCGUCGACUAGGACUUAAGAUAGCAUUAACAGCUCGUGCAGCAGAAGGAAAGCUAGCAAUAUUUGAUGAUCUGGAUGUUCCUACACAUAAGACUAAGAACAUCGUAAACUAUCUGAAGCAUAUGGAAAACACUAAGAAGCUUCUUUUGGUGGAUGGAGGUCUCAUCAAUGAAAAAUUAAAGCUGUCAACUCAAAACCUGCAUUAUGUCAACGUUCUGCCUUCAAUCGGUUUGAAUGUCUAUAGCAUAUUGUUGCAUGACACUCUAGUUAUGUCACGUGAUGCUGUCAAUACAAUAGUCGAGAGGAUGCAUACACCAAUUAAUCGGUAAAAGCAAUAUUCUGCUACAGCAGGUACUUGGAAUUUGAUGCCAAGUGGAUCUGGUUAUUUGUGGUGUAAGGAAGAGGAAAAAAGAAAGUAGUCAAAGGAUCAGCAGCGCAUGCGUUAGUACUUUUGGUGCCAUCAAGCCGUUUAAAUCCUUGGCUCACCCUUCCAUAUUGUAAUAAACUGUGAGAUAUUCCUGCUCUCCGAGUAAAAAGAAAUUUUAGAGGGUCAAAAGUUAAUUAGGGAGGAUAUUAUGGUUGAUCGCCAGUUUGUAGUAUUCUUCUGUGUUUUUACUUGAGUAUUACUUUGAAUUUUCCAA